AUGUCCUCAAAGCACUUCUUCAAUGACCCCACGCAGCUGCUGGCAUCGUGCCUCCAGUCAGUGGCUAGAUGUAAUCCUUCCGUCGCGGCAGACGUGGAGGGUAAAACAAUCUAUCUGAAGAAGCGGCGGAACUCACAUGUGUCUGUCAUCGCAGGUGGAGGAAGCGGCCAUGAGCCUUCGUUCGUAGGGAUGGUAGGCCACGGAUUCCUGAGUGCAGCUGUGGUCGGAUCGAUCUUUGCCAGUCCCUCAGCAGACCAGGUUUACCGAUGCCUGAUGCAGAGGGUCAACCGGGACCAGGGCAUUCUGAUCAUUAUCAUGAAUUACACUGGCGACAAGCUGCACUUUGGUAUGGCGGUGGAGAAGGCUCGAGCCAACGGGGUCCGUACAGAACUCCUGGUGGUCUGCGACGAUGUCGGAGUUGGCCGGUCCAAGGCAGGCCGCAUCGGACGGCGAGGCCUGGCCGGGACGCUGCUGGUCCAGAAAGUUGCAGGUGCUGCAGCCGCAGCUGGGCGCAGCGCUUCUUUCGAAGAGGUCUACAAAACUGCGUCACUGGCUGCCGAGAAUGUUGCGACCGUAGGAGCCUCUCUGGCCCAUGUCCACAUUCCCGGGAGAGUGGUCGUUCCAGAUGAAAUGAAUACCAGUGACGACGUGGAGAUUGGCAUGGGAAUCCACAACGAGGAGGGCUUCGGCCGUGUGAAGACUUCCUUGCCCGAUCUCAUUGAAACCAUGUUGGUUCAGCUACUGGAUACCACUGAUCAAGAGCGCGCCUUCAUCGAUAUUCAACCAUCUGACCCCAUUGUGCUCCUGAUCAACAAUCUUGGUGGAUUGAGUGUUUUGGAACUGGGCGGCAUCACCAACGAAGUAUGCCUGCAGUUGCAAGGUCGUUUCAAUCUCAACGUCAAACGGGUGCUAUCGGGCACAUACAUGUCCAGUCUAAAUGGCAUGGGAUUCAGUAUCUCGCUUCUGAAGCUAUGCGACACUGGUCUUGGCCCGGGAAAGUCUAUGCUAGACCUCGUGGACGCCCCGGUGGAGGCAAACGGUUGGGGCCCUGUCAUUCAACCUGACACCUGGGAGGCGAAGUAUGAGAUAGAGGAAGGCCAACCAAAGGAGAUUAUGGGAGACACAAAAACGAUGGAUAUCAAACGCGCGGUGCAAAUCCUUCGUGCCGGCCUGAAUCGGCUCAUUGCCGCGGAACCGGAGGUGACGAGAUACGACACUUUGGUUGGCGAUGGUGACUGCGGCUUGUGUCUGAAGACGGGUGCAGAAGCGGUACUCCAGCAUCUUAACCAAGGCCAACUCUCCGAUGAUGCCGCGUUAUUCGUGACGGAUCUCGCACACGUGGUUGAAACCCAUAUGGACGGCACAUCUGGCGCGAUCUAUUCCAUCUUCCUCAACAGUCUGACCAAUAGUCUCCGAGAAGACGCUCAUCAUAUCACGGGCAAGGUAGACGUACACACAUGGGCUACGGCCUUACAAAGUGCCCUCCAAGCCUUGGGGAACUACACCCCAGCGAAGCCCGGCGACCGUACGCUCGUGGAUGCUCUGCAGCCUUUUGUCGAGGCGCUGGCUGCAAGCAAAGAUGUCGAGCAAGCUAUUAUAGCGUGCAGGAAAGGGUACGAGUCGACUAAGGGGAUGGAAGCUCAACUCGGCCGUUCGGUCUAUGUCGGUGGCACAGAUUGGCGGACAUGCCCGGAUCCUGGAGCGUUUGGACUCUAUGAAUUAUUGGCAGGGAUAUGUGGAGCUUUGUGA